UCUCAUCGAAGCUCAGAAUCAGCUGAAAAAAUAAAUGGCGACUCAACAGUUGAUCACUGAGAACAAAGAAGGCGCCGAGAUCCACCAUGGUGCCGAUCUUUGCAAGCAAAAGUGUCAUGAACUUCUCGCCGAAUUCAACCUUCCUAAAGGUCUUCUCCCACUUAACGACCUCACCGAGAUCGGUUAUAACCGCACCACCGGUUUCUUGUGGCUCAAGCAAAGUAAACGUUACGAACACAAGUUCCGUGCCAUCGGAAAAACCGUUGCUUACGAUACCGAGUUGUCGUCGUUUGCUGAGAACGGCCGGAUUCGUAAACUUAGUGGAGUAAAAAGCAAAGAGCUGUUGAUUUGGGUGAAGAUUAAUGAAAUGUGUAUUGAAGAUCCGAGUUCUGGGAAAGUGAAGUUCACUAGUGCAGCUGGUCUCAGCAUGUCUUUCCCACUCUCUGCGUUCGAGCUCGAAGAGAAGGACCAAAAGUGAACAAAUAGAAAUUGUUGGGGUUGUUUUGAAAUUUCAAUAAAUUAAUAAUUUGUCAUUUCUUAAUUUCUUGAUAAAUCAUGUUCAUCUUCUAUGUAUGAUUUGAAAUAAAGGUACUAUUAAAGUAUCGGUAACGUUAACUUGGUAUUAUGUAUAACAGUUUUCUGAAUGCCAUCUUAUGUAACAUGACGACGCUCGAUUCUGGCGACUGAAAUCUAUCCAAAUAGGUAGAUUGUUAGCCAGUGAUUUCUCACAUGCUAGGGGUGUGAUGAAAA